AUGGAUAUAAUUGAUCUCAGAACAAAAAAACCAAAUAAUAGUAAUACAUUUUAUUGUUUUAUAUGUGAAAAGAAUUAUUCUAAUAAAGAAAAAAUUUACACUCAUUUCCAGAAUCAUUUCAAAUAUAAACCAUACAUUUGUUACGAUUGUGAUUUAAGUUUUAUUGAUAAUAUUAAUCUUGAAGAACAUUCACAAGAAUCCAAUCAUUUAAAUUGUGGAAUAAAAAGAAAUUAUAAAUUUGAAUACUUUUUAAAUUAUUUUACCGGUUUGUAUGAUUUUCUUGAAGAAGUUUCUGAGGAAGAAAUUAAAAAGUUAAAUUUUAUAAUGGUAGACAAUUCAUCAAAAGAAAUUUCUAAUUUAUUAAAUGCAAAAGACAAUUCUAUUGAUAAAUCAAGAAUAUUUAAAUUUUUAAAUAGAAAAGAACAAAAUGAUUUUAGUACAAUGAUAUCGUUUCCAGACAAUAUUGAUAAAAAUAGUUGUAAUAUUACUACAAUAGAUAAAAUAGACAGCGAAAGGAAUUGUAGUAUACCUUAUUCAUCAAAUACAAUUGUCACAACUAAUUCUGUUGAGAAAAAAAUUAAAUCUCCAAAAAAAAUGAGAAAUACUGGGUAUCUUGAUGUUGGAAUGCUGUCAAAACUAAAUUUUGCAAAAAAACAUUAUAUUUCAAGGGAAUGUAAGUGUUGUAAAAUAGCAUUUGUUACUGAAAAUUUAAUGAUUAAGCAUGUAUUUCAAUUUCAUUUAAAGUUGAAUGAUUAUAAUUUAUUGAAGUGUGCUAUAUGCCAUAGAAAAAAUAAGAAUUCACGUAAUUAUUUAGAUUUUGAAUCUAUAAGGAAUCAUUUUAUAAAUAAUACUAUGUAUCAUAAAGGAAUACCCUUUGUAAACAAUCUUUCUUGUAAUUACAAUGGAAGAAAUGUGUGUGUGUAUAUAGAUGGUGAUUUUGAUAUUUUAGAAAAAUAUGAAAAACAAUUUGAAGAAUGUUUUGUUUGUAGACCUAAUCCCAUACUUCAAUCCCAACCUGUAUUACCAAUUGGUCGUGAUUCUAUGAAACGAAAUCUAAAUGUUAAUCAUAACAUAGAAAAUGUUAAAAAAAGAAAAGUUGAUGAUAAAGUACCUGAAGUUAUUGUAAUCAAUGAUAAUGAUAAUGAAGAUCAUGAAUCGAAUAGUAAUUCUGACAUUGAAGAAUUAUAUUGUGGUCCACCUAUUGCUGUACUUCAAAAUAUUCCUUCACCACCUCCAGAUUUAACUUUGAUAGAUGAUAUUAAACCCAAAUCUCCUGAUGAAUUGGAUAAACCAAUAAACAGUUCUAUCUUAAUAGAUGAUAAACCAUCUGACUUACCAUCAAAAAAAAAUGAUUUUUUGGAGAAUCUUCAACCAUCUUUGAAUAAAUUAGAAAAAAAUAUUUCAUCAAAAGGAUUAAUAAUAGCUGGUGCCGAAAGUAUAAGUGAUGAUGAUACAGAUUACCAACCUGUUAUUCCCUCUGAUCAAAUAUCUAAACAAAAAGAAAAAUUAAAAAAAAUGCCCUCAGAAUCUCUUAAACUAAUUGUUUCUGGAUGUGAACCUAUAAGUGAUGACGAUAGUGAUAUACUACCACUAAGCAAUAACGAUUCUAAUAAUGAUAAAAUUAUUAAGAAGAAUAUAAACGUUUCUAGUAACAAAGAUGUUAAACUAAUACCAAAUACUAGUAAAAAUCUUUUGAAUGCAAAUGAAGAAAAAUCAAUAAACAAUACUUUUUAUAAAGAAAAUGUAUAUCCUGAUAUCAUUUUAGAUAAUAUUCCUGAUAUAUCAAAAAAAAAUAAUAGUAAUACAAUAAUCAAAGAUAAGAAUAUUUCUGAUAAUACGGUGACAAGUUCUUCAAAAUCAUUAACACAAAAAACACAUGAAAAUCUUGCCACUACAUCUGUACCUUAUGAUAAUAUUACCAAUAGUACAAAUAAAAACUUUAUUGUAAAUGACGAAGCAACGGUAGAUAGCAACCCUACAAAUAGUAUAAAUUCUUUAGAAAAUUCAAAUUUAAAACAAAAUAAAAAUGAUUGUCAAUCUUCAGAUGGUAAAUCAAGUGAUGAGCAAUCAACAUUACAUAAUAAAUUUAAAAAUAAAUCGAAUUUUGAGAUAGAAAAUAAAAUCAUUGAAAAUAAGGCAACCUCAAAUAACAAUGAGGCUUGUUUAGAAAGUAUUAAACAUGAUAACGUUUCUACAGAUUGUCAAAUUACUUCUACUAAAAAUGACUAUAAGAAAGAUUUUAAUAAAAUAAAAACCACUAAUACUAGUGAAAGUUUAAUAAAUGAAAAUAUAAAUAUGGUGAAUUUGAAUAAAGCAAAUGAUAAAUUAAUUUCUUCUAAUAAUAGUAAUAAACAUAAAUCAAAUGAUGAAAAAAAUAAUGAAAUUAGUUUUAACAAUAAAAAUAGAGGGUAUCCAUUUCAACUAAUUUAUUGUGAAGAUGGUUGUGAUAAUUGCAAAAAUAUUCAGUUUCGUAAAGCAUCCAAUUGUGCAAAAGAUAGAGAUGUUAAUUGGUCAUUCAAUGUAAGAUUAUCAUUUAGUUAUAUUUUCUGUUCUAACAAUCUUAAUGAUGCAAUAAAAAAUAAAAGAAUUCAAUGUUUUUGCAAUUUAUGUAAAAAAGCUAUUGAUGAAACUGGUGCGGAUUUAAUAAAUCAUAUUGUAACACAACAUUUAAAAUUUAAUCGUUUCAUGUUUCAAUGUCGACUUUGUAGUAAUUUUAAAUCAAAUGAUAUAUCAGUUAUUGAAAGACAUUGGAAAGAUAAACAUUCUCGUAUUAGAAAGUUUGUUAAUAAUUUUAUAGCAAGAUGUCAAAAAUACCAGGUACCUGAUGAUUUUUGUGUUGUAAUUAGUUCCAGGAAUAAUGCUAAAAUUGUGGAUAAUUACAAAACUUUUUUCAUUAAUUGUUAUAAUUUUAUCAAAAAAUAA